AUGACCCUGACAGAAUUCUUCCGUUUGGGAGCUGCACCUGUCGAUCCGGAAGAAGCUCGCUUGCUAAAGAAGAGGUUCGGACGGUUCACAUUGAUCGGCGACCAGCUCUACAAGAGAGCCUUCUCCCGGCUACUUCUCAACUGUGUCGGAUCGGAGGACGUCGAAUACAUCCUGAAGGAGGUGCACCAAGGGUCUUGCGGAGGCUAUGACAUCCAACAAGCCUUCACUUCGGUGGCCUACCCUCAGGGCAACGGGCAAGCUGAAGUCGUCAAUCAGAAGAUUAUCAGAGUCUUGCUCGCUCAGCUGGACCACAUGGGAGGUAACUGGGUCGACGAGCUCCCUAGUGUGUUAUGGGCUCUCUGCACGACUCCGAAAGAGGUGACUGACGUAACCCCAUUCCAGUUGAUGUACGACAGUGAAGUAGUUGUCCCCGUGGAGGUCGGAGUAGAAUCUGAUCGGGUACAACACUACGACGAUGAGAAUGCCGAACGGAGGAUGAUGGAGCUUGAAUUGGUGGAUGAAGCAAGGGCGAAAGCCGCUGCUCGGCUAACGACAUACCGGCAGUGGAUAAAGUAG